AUGAGGGCAUCCCCCGCCCCCCUGCCGCGGGAGAAGGGCAGCGGCGGCAGCGGGGCGGCUUCACUUCCGGGUCCCCGCCGGCACUUCCGGAACCCCCCCCCCGGGCCCGGAGAAGGGCAGCGGGGCGGCUUCACUUCCGGCAUCCCCCCCCCCACCCCGGCCGGAGAGAAGGGCAGCGGCGGCAUUCGGGCGGCUUCACUUCCGGCAUCCCCCCCCCCCCCCCCGGCCCGUAGAGAAGGGCAGCGCCGGCAGCGAGGCGGCUUCACUUCCGGGUCCCCGCCGGCACUUCCGGCAUUCUCCCCGGCCGCGGGCCCAGAGAAGGGCAGCGGGGCGGCUUCACUUCCAGCAUCCCCCCCACCCCCCCCGGCCCGGAGAGAAGGGCAGCGGCGGCAGCGGGGCGGCUUCACUUCCGGGUCCCCGCCGGCACUUCCGGCACCCCCCCCCCGGGCCCGGAGAAGGGCAGCGGGGCGGCUUCACUUCCGGCAUCCGCCCCCCCCCCGGCCCGGAGAGAAGGGCAGCGGCGGCGGGCAGCGGCGGCGGCGGGGCGGCUUCAUUUCCGGGUCCCCGCCGGCACUUCCGGCAUUCUCCCCGGCCGCGGGCCCAGAGAAGGGCAGCGGGGCGGCUUCACUUCCAGCAUCCACCCCCCGGCCCGGAGAGAAGGGCAGCGGCGGCAGCAGGGCGGCUUCACUUCCGGGUCCCCGCCGGCACCUCCGGCAUCCCUCCCCGGCCGCGGGCCCGGAGAAGGGCAGCGGGGCGGCUUCACUUCCGGCAUCCCCCCCACCCCCCCCCAGGCCCGGAGAGAAGGGCAGCGGUGGCAGCGGGGCGGCUUCACUUCCGGCCUUUCCCCCCGCCGCGGGCCCGGAGAAGGGCAGCGGCGGCAGCGGGGCGGCUUCACUUCCGGGUCCCCGCCUCCACUUCCGGCAUCCCCCCCCCCGGCCGCGGGCCCGCUUCACUUCCGGCAUCCCCCCACGCCCAGGAGAAGGGCAGCGGCGGCGGCGGGGCGGCUUCACUUCCGGGCAGCGGCGGCGGCGGGGCGGCUUCACUUCCGGUUCCCCGCCGGCACUUCCGGCAUUCUCCCCGGCCGCGGGCCCAGAGAAGGGCAGCGGGGCGGCUUCACUUCCAGCAUCCCCCCCCCCACCCCCGGCCCGGAGAGAAGGGCAGCGGCGGCAGCAGGGCGGCUUCACUUCCGGGUCCCCGCCGGCACUUCCGGCAUCUCUCCCCGGCCGCGGGCCCGGAGAAGGGCAGCGGCGGCGGCGGGGCGGCUUCACUUCCGGGUCCCCGCCGGCACUUCCGGCGCGAUGGGGUGGGGCGGGCCUGGCGCGCUGGCCUGGGGCCUGCGGUCUGUCCCCCGGGGCCGGGGCCGGGGCCGGGGCCUGUCCUACGAGGGAGACUUCAGAGCCCGCCCAGAGGGUCGCCGCGGCCAGUCCGUAA